AUUUUUCCCAAGUCGACGACUUGCUUGUUGACCUAAUGGUAGAAACAGGUUACGAUUCGUCAUUGAUGACCUUACUUUUCGUUCUUGCGAUCCUCAUAUUCGCAGGUUUAGGAUGGUGUUUCCUGUCGUCAUGCAUGGGAACACCCCUGCUUCGUUCUUUAUCUGACCUAUGGAACCUCAUGGUUUUGUCUGGCUCAGUAACUGAUACUGCCAGCUCGAGAAGACGGAGAGCACUUGGGGAGGAUAAUAUAUGGGAGAUGACGGAUUACAGAAGAGGACCGUGAAAACACCCUCACAGAUUUACAGUUGCACUGCUGCGGCAUGGAAAAUACUAUGGUCUUGGACUUGGAGGUGUCUUGGACCAGAUCAUUUACUAUUUUUACCCAUUUGCACCUCAUGAUCAUGC